AUACGAUUAUACUUGUAAGUUCUGCACGCGGUAUCCGAAAGAAGUUGCUGUCACAGACUCCAUAUCCUAGAUCUGUUGGUAUUAGAAAUUCGAACCCUAGCAAGAUUGGUUCUUCUCUCUCCUAUUAAAGCAAAGCAAAGCAGUUCACUCCGAACGGAAUUUUUUAGUUUCAUCUGUUUUUUGUUCACAAUUUUAUUUAUUUAUUUCGGGCGUAAUUUGAUAUAUUUGGGAGAGAUUAUCAUGGCUGAAGUUCCAGAGCUUCACUCAGAUGUAAUUGGAGAGAUAGUUAAAAGAAUAGAUACAGUAGAGGAUUUGGCUGUGGUUUCCAGGGUUUGUUCGUCGUGGCGAUUGGCUGCCCUCAAAGAGGAGAAUUGGGUUUCAGGUCGUCAGCUUCCAUGGUUGGUGCUGCCAGAGACCAAAGAAGAAGACGAAAGUAAAAGUAGUAGAGGAUUCUUCAGCUUGUACAAGAACAAACGGUACGAUCUCGAUGUUCCAGAGCUCCGUGGAUGUCGAAUUUGGGGAUCUAAUCAUGGUUGGAUCGUUGCCUUUGGUCUCGAUCUUCAGAUACAUCUGGUUAACCCCUUAUCUCGAUCCAAGUUCAGUUUGCCACCACAUUCCACCUUCAAACACCAGCGGCCAAAGUACCAUCCAUCUCCACAAUGGUAUCGAGAGGCUUUCAUUCAUAAAGCACUUGUUUUAAAAAGGCCAAACCUUUCCGGACAACAACUUCUGGUUGCUGCAUUGUAUGGUAGAUGCAACUAUUUGGCCAUAGCUAGACCAGGUGACGAAACCUGGACGGAGGUUGAAUCCGAAUAUAGGUGUCGUCCUUCCCGCACCAUCCAAGACGUAGCUUGCUGUAAUGGUCAAAUAUUUGCCCUUGGUUCAUGUGGAACACUACUGCUUUGUGAAUUUGAUGGACCAAAACCUCCAAAUUCAAUCAUCUUUGCACCUCCACCUGCAGACAUUAAAUCAGCCAAUAAAUUGUACUUGGUGGAAUCAAUGGGUGAUCUUUUGAUGGUUGUGCGAGUUGUGGAUGAGGACGAUGAUUAUGGGUAUUACUCUGACUAUGAGACGUAUGCUUUUGAUGUUCAUCAGUUCGAUUUUAAAACCAAGGAAUGGACGGAAUUAUAUGACUUGGGUGAUAGGGCAUUAUUCAUCGGUGACAGCUACUCCAUGUGCCUUUCCUCGACUGAGGUUGCUGGUUGUGUGGGCAAUCGCAUCUAUUUUACGGAUGAUAAUUUUGAACAAUGGGAUAGGGAUAACUAUGGAGGACAUGAAAGUGGUGUUUACGAUAUGGAGGAAUUUACUAUUGAUCGGCUUCCUCUUCCAAACUGCAUUGGCGAUCGUUUACGCUCUGCAUUCGAAUGUCCUGUUUGGUUGAUGCCUAGUUUAUUCUAAAAGUCGUAUAUGAUCGUGUCGUUAGUAUGUUGUUGGUAGGGGUUUAAUGCUCGACAGGAAUAUUUUAUUUUAUUUUAUUUUAUUUAUAUGCAAGUCUUGUUUUGACUCUUUUUUUUUGCUUUAUUUUCAUAUGGAUAAAAAUGUAAUGUUUUUAUUUUAUUUUAUUUAUAUGUGAGACUUGU